AUGACUGCACCACUGUCCUCUCCAACAGUAAUGAGAUCACUGUACCACCCUCUCAUCUACACAGCAAUGAGAUCACUGCACCACCCUCUCACCUACACAGUAAUGAGAUUUCUGCACCACCCUCUCACCUACACAGUAAUGAGAUCACUGCACCACCGUCUCACCUACACAGUAAUGAGAUCACUGCACCACCCUCUCACCUACACAGUAAUGAGAUCACUGCACCACCCUCUCACCUACACAGUAAUGAGAUCACUGCACCACCCUCUCACCUACACAGUAAUGAGAUCACUGCACCACCCUCUCACCUACACAGUAAUGAGAUCACUACCCCACCCUCUCACCUAUGCAGUAAUGAGAUUUCUGCACCACCCUCUCACCUACACAGGAAUGAGAUCACUGUACCACCCUCUCACCUACACAGUAAUGAGAUCACUGCCCCACCCUCUCACCUACACAGUAGUGAGAUCACUGCACCACCCUCUCACCUACACAGUAAUGAGAUCACUGCACCACCCUCUCACCUACACAGUAAUGAGAUCACUGCACCACCCUCUCACCUACACAGUAAUGAGAUCACUGCACCACCCUCUCACCUACACAGUAAUGAGGUCACUGCACCACCCUCUCACCUACACAGUAAUGAGAUCACUGCACCACCCUCUCACCUACACAGUAAUGAGGUCACUGCACCACCCUCUCACCUACACAGUAAUGAGAUCACUGCACCACCCUCUCACCUACACAGUAAUGAGAUCACUGCACCACCCUCUCACCUACACAGUAAUGAGAUCACUACCCCACCCUCUCACCUAUGCAGUAAUGAGAUUUCUGCACCACCCUCUCACCUACACAGGAAUGAGAUCACUGUACCACCCUCUCACCUACACAGUAAUGAGAUCACUGCACCACCCUCUCACCUACACAGUAAUGAGAUCACUGCACCACCCUCUCACCUAUGCAGUAAUGAGAUCACUGCACCACCCUCUCACCUACACAGUAAUGAGAUCACUGCACCACCCUCUCACCUACACAGUAAUGAGAUCACUGCACCACCCUCUCACCUACACAGUAAUGAGAUCACUACCCCACCCUCUCACCUAUGCAGUAAUGAGAUUUCUGCACCACCCUCUCACCUACACAGGAAUGAGAUCACUGUACCACCCUCUCACCUACACAGUAAUGAGAUCACUGCACCACCCUCUCACCUACACAGUAGUGAGAUCACUGCACCACCUUCUCACCUACACAGUAAUGAGAUCACUGCACCACCCUCUCACCUACACAGUAAUGAGAUCACUGCACCACCCUCUCACCUACACAGUAAUGAGAUCACUGCACCACCCUCUCACCUACACAGUAAUGAGGUCACUGCACCACCCUCUCACCUACACAGUAAUGAGAUCACUGCACCACCCUCUCACGUACACAGUAAUGAGAUCACUGCACCACCCUCUCACCUACACAGUAAUGAGAUCACUGCCCCACCCUCUCACCUACGCAGUAAUGAGAUCACUGCACCACCCUCUCACCUACACAGUAAUGAGAUCACUGCACCACCCUCUCACCUACACAGUAAUGAGAUCACUGCACCACCCUCUCACCUACACAGUAAUGAGAUCACUGCACCACCGUCUCACCUACACAGUAAUGAGAUCACUGCACCACCGUCUCACCUACACAGUAAUGAGAUCACUGCACCACCCUCUCACCUACACAGUAAUGAGAUCACUGCACCACCGUCUCACCUACACAGUAAUGAGAUCACUGUACCACCCUCUCAUCUACACAGCAAUGAGAUCACUGCACCACCCUCUCACCUACACAGUAAUGAGAUUUCUGCUCCACCCUCUCACCUACACAGUAAUGAGAUUUCUGCACCACCCUCUCACCUACACAGUAAUGAGAUCACUGCACCACCCUCUCACCUACACAGUAAUGAGAUCACUGCACCACCGUCUCACCUACACAGUAAUGAGAUCACUGCACCACCCUCUCACCUACACAGUAAUGAGAUCACUGCACCACCGUCUCACCUACACAGUAAUGAGAUCACUGCACCACCCUCUCACCUACACAGUAAUGAGAUCACUACCCCACCCUCUCACCUAUGCAGUAAUGAGAUUUCUGCACCACCCUCUCACCUACACAGGAAUGAGAUCACUGCACCACCGUCUCACCUACACAGUAAUGAGAUCACUGCACCACCCUCUCACCUACACAGUAGUGAGAUCACUGCACCACCCUCUCACCUACACAGUAAUGAGAUCACUGCACCACCCUCUCACCUACACAGUAAUGAGAUCACUGCACCACCCUCUCACCUACACAGUAAUGAGAUCACUGCACCACCCUCUCACCUACACAGUAAUGAGGUCACUGCACCACCCUCUCACCUACACAGUAAUGAGAUCACUGCACCACCCUCUCACCUACACAGUAAUGAGGUCACUGCACCACCCUCUCACCUACACAGUAAUGAGAUCACUGCACCACCCUCUCACCUACACAGUAAUGAGAUCACUGCCCCACCCUCUCACCUACGCAGUAAUGAGAUCACUGCACCACCCUCUCACCUACACAGUAGUGAGAUUUCUGCACCACCCUCUCACCUACACAGUAAUGAGAUCACUGCACCACCGUCUCACCUACACAGUAAUGAGAUCACUGCACCACCCUCUCACCUACACAGUAAUGAGGUCACUGCACCAUCCUCUCACCUACACAGUAAUGAGAUCACUGCACCACCCUCUCACCUACACAGUAAUGAGAUCACUGCACCACCCUCUCACCUACACAGUAAUGAGAUCACUGCACCACCGUCUCACCUACACAGUAAUGAGAUCACUGCACCACCGUCUCACCUACACAGUAAUGAGAUGA